UAAGCAAUUUUAUUUAUCCUUUAGUGAAUAUUAAUAAGUGUAAACUGUGAAUGUUGGUUUUAUUCUGUAAUGUUAGUGUCUACUAAUAGGCAGUGCUAGUAGUCAAUUUUUAGUUAUGAAUUAUGAAUAAUAUAAAUCAAAAAUAUCAGUACCCUAAAUAGUUUUAAUUUUACGUUUUAGAAAUUAUAAUAUCAUGGAUUGGGUCAUUGUAGACGAACUUGAAUUGACCGUAGGAGAUCUUGUUGGGUGGUGCAGUGCAGGUGCCAUGAUUAUUGGAGGUGUAAUUCCAUAUAUUCCACAAUAUCGGCAAAUUAAAAAAACCCAAGAUGCUGAUGGUUUUUCAUUACAUGUAUGCUUAGCGUUACUGAUUGCGAAUACUCUUCGCAUACUUUUCUGGUUUGGGAAUCAAUAUGAACUGCCUUUAUUAGUGCAGAGUGUUAUUAUGAAUUUGAUGAUGUUUGCGAUGGUACAUUUAUGUGUGAAGGUUCGAAAUAAAAAUCAGAUAAUUAAAGCUCGAGAAAAAAUAUUUUCCGCCAGUACAGUUGAGAUGGCCAGAUUGAUUCAAGCUUCUGCGAAAAAACGCACUUCACAUACGAUAUGCGGUACGUUUCUUUCCCAUUUAGAAACUAAAUAUUUUUGGAACUGGACAGACUUUCAAUCGUAUGUAGAUUUCAUACUGUUGUUCAGUGUUGUUUCAGCAGCGUUGAUGUAUCUAUUAAUGGAUGUCAGUGCAUUUGUAGAAAUUGUUGGAUUUUUAGCUGUAUUUACUGAAGCAAUGUUAGGUGCACCACAAUUUAUACGAAAUUUUAAGAAUAAAUCAACGGAAGGAAUGAGUUUAUCGAUGGUGAUCAUGUGGACCUGUGGUGAUCUAUUUAAAACAUCAUACUUCUUAUUACGCAAUGCUCCGUUACAAUUUUGGGUGUGUGGUACAUUACAAGUGUUGCUCGAUUUAGCAAUAUUAACACAGGUUCAAUUAUAUCGUAAAAAUACUGUUAAACAAAGACCUAAAAUUCCCGAUUGAGGGUGUGUGCCCUGCCCUGAUUCCUCCCAAAGUCAAUCUUCCAAAUUAGAUACACCAGCAGUAGUAGUGGUUAACACGUUUGAAUCCGACCCAAAUGUCGUCACUUCGACAACUAUUUAAUAGAAAAAUUUCAAAUAACUACUUCAACGAAUACAAAUAAAAUUGGAUUUUAAUUAAAAGGGCAG